CAAGUGUCUUCAAUGCAGCAUUCAUUUCUGUGUAAAUUGUGCUACUACCACAUUAUUGUCCAAGACCCCCAUAAAGUUUAAGUAUCACGAGCACCCUGUUUAUUUUGUUGAGAAAAUACAGACUUAUUUCGACUAUUGUGAUGGCUAUGAUUCUUAUUGUAAGAAUCCAAUGAUCCAGAAUAAAAAAGAAUUCAAUCGAAAUACCAAAUCAUCUGCGUUCUCUUGUGCGGAGUGCAGUUUCAAAGUCCACUUACAAUGUGGUAUGCUGCCUAGCACUGUUUCAUAUGAAUUUCACAUACACCCUCUGGUUCUUGUUGAUUGGGUUAUCGACGAUGGAUGUGGAGAAUAUUAUUGUGAUAUAUGCGAAACUGAAAGAGAUCCGCGACUUUGUGUAUACUAUUGUGAAGAUUGUAAGUACGUUGCCCACGUACAAUGUCUGGCUUCUGAGAUUAUAAAUGUACUAAAGGGAGAUCUUAAAGAUGUGAAGUUCAAGAUGGUGGGCGACGAUGUUUGGAAAUUCCCGGAAGAAAUAAAAAAUGAAGGCGUAGAAAUAACAGAGAAAGGAAACUCUAUUUGGAUUUUUCAAGAUUUAAUAGAUAACUUGACUGAAUGUGAGCUAAAAUGUGUUAGAGAUCAUUUUGAUUGGGAAAAGGUCGAUAAGAAUUCGGAAAAGGAAAAACAUCAAAGUAUAGAGACCACUAAUAAACUAAUCCUGAAUGAUGAGAACAUUGAUGAGCUUCUACAUAUUGCACAGCUUACAAAGAAUGAGUUCUUAUCAUUUAUUUACGAUGAGUUUGAAUCCAGUUAUGAAAAAGAAAAAUUGAAAAUAGAGUCAAGUGUUCUAUUGCAGAAGAUGGUUGAUGUUGAAGGUUAUUCAAUCCCUUUGAAUUUGGUGUCUGUUAUGAAACAUAUACUUCACCAAUAUGGAGACAUUGGACAGAAUUCCACUUCUUCUUCGUCAUUAAAGAGCAUAUGUUUUUUCCUUAUAUGCCGUGUCAUGAAAAAGAUGUACUCUAUUUUGGUCAUAGACAUCUCUAAAGAUCUUCUUCAAGAAUGGUAUUCAUACAUAAGAUUUGCAAAAGACUAUGCUGAGUUCGAUGUGGAUUUUAUGGAGGCAUCUUUAGAGGCAAUCACAGAAGAUUUCUUCUAUGUCCAAGUGAGUAACCUACUUGACGAUGAAAUACCAACUGUAAUCAACAAUAAUAUGGCAAACCAACGAAAGGAGUUGCAUCAGCUGGUUGAAGAGUUACAAACUAAGAUGGGAAAGUAUGAAUCCAAACUUGAGAUGCGCAAAAGAUUUUGUGAAUCUACUUCGGAGAAGAAGUUCAUGAAGAAGAAUAUAGACAAUGUGAUGAAACUGAAGUGGAAGACAGUUAGCCAGAUUUGGGAUACUCCACACUGAUGAUGUCGCUGACAAUGUCGAUGUUGCACAUGACAACAGAUUAUCUCAUGCUAAUGAUGGAAGUUUUAUUAACGAUAUUGAUGAAUAUGAUGUGUUGGGGACGAAUAAUAAAGACAUGAUGAGUAAGAACUUCUUGUAGACCUUAGUAGUGUGAUGAUGAUAAUGAUCAUGUCUCUCCCUGUUCAUAUAAAUUUAACUAGUGAUAGCUAUUUCUCUAUGUAGUUUGUAUUUCUUAAAAAAAAAUGUUAUAUUAAGAAAAAAAUGGACAAUGUGAUGAAAUUGAAGUGGAAAAUGGCUAGUGAUGUUGGCUUUUGAUAUCAGUUUGGAUAUUAAUUGUUUAUGGUUUUAUAAC